AUGUCGGAUGUCUUGCUGGCGAAGAAGUGGGAAAAUGAGGACCCUACCGGGUGGUGGAUGUCGGAGAAGCUGGAUGGCGUCCGGGCAGUUUGGCGGAAUGGGCAGUUCAGCUCACGAGGUGACAACUCAUUCGCUUGCCCGGAUUGGUUCAAGAAGAAGAUGCCCGCGGGCUGCGUGCUUGAUGGGGAGAUCUGGGGAGGUCGUGGGCAGUUCCAGAAGACCUCUGGGAUUGUUCGGAGCUCUACGCGUGGCAGCGAGUGGGAAUUCCUGACGUACAUGGUCUUUGACUGCCUGCAGGAAGGGGGAGCCAGCAUCGAGCACAACCCGUUCGAGGCUCGCAUGGACGCCGUGCGCCGGAUCUGUGCAUCUGCGCAUGGAAAGGACCCCGGAAAGGACCCCGUGCUGAAGGCUGUGCCAAUGGAGAAGUGUGCGGGCCGAGCUCAGUUGGACUCUGCUCUAGCAGAGGUUGAAAAGCGAGGCGGCGAAGGUCUCAUGCUACGCUGCCCUGGAUCCAAGUACGAACACCGCAGGUCGAAGUCCUUGCUGAAGGUGAAGACCUUCUACGAUGAGGAAGCGAUCGUGGUGGGACAUGCCGGUGGGAGCGGCAGGGUGGCGGGAAUGUGCGGCGCCUUGCUAUGUGAGACGCCUGACAAGCGGCGUUUCAAGGUGGGCUCGGGCCUGAGCGAUGCUCAGAGGCAGGACCCUCCGCAGUUAAACGCUGUUAUCACCUACCGUUACCAAGAGCUCACGCAAGACAACAUCCCCAGAUUUCCCACUCUGGUGGGUGAGCGGAACGACAUGACCUGGGCACAAAUCUGCUCCAAUUAUGAGGACUUGGAUGACUUCGGCUUUGACGACAUGCUCCCACCCGUGCCACCAGAGAAGAAGGCCCGUCUUGCUGCACCCGCAGAGGUUCCAGGUCUCGGCAUGCGGCCGGUGUGCCAGUAUGGCCGCCGCUGCUACCGCAAAAACCCUGCGCAUUUCCUGGAGUUUGAGCACCCCUGGUUGGAUGCAGAGAACGAAACAAAAGACAUUGGAAACUCUGCUGCAGUGCCGAGCUUCAUGCAAGACCGCCAGGAAACGGUCACGGCAGACACCAAGGAAGUCGCUGCAAUGCCAGCACCGGCCGCGUCCAGGACGGAGCUGUCAGAGUUGCCACAGCUGUUGAGAUCUGACACGCCGGCUGAGCCCAGUGGGCAUGCUGCGGCGGCCACGCAGCGGGAAGGUUCCGCCGGAGAGCCGGAUGUGCGCAUGGUUGCAGUUCGGAAUCUGCUUUCCAGCAUGCUGGAGGAUGCUCAGAUGCCCGAGGCCCGCAGCCACCUGCAGCAGAUGUUGGAUUUUGCAGAUUCCGUGCCACUGACACCGGCUGCACCGACGCCGGAAGCACCAGCUGCAGCGAUGCCUGCCGCAGCGACGCCUGCCGCAGCGAUGCCGCCACCCGUGCAGACGGAAAGCAGGGGAAACGGAGCCAGGGAUCGGCCGCGGAGCCUGGCCUCGGCCCUGCUUUCCACCACAUCUGAGGUGCUGCUUGCGGAUCCCCGGGCCGUGGAGGGUGCCCGCGGUGCUUCCAGGGCUCCGGAGGCUCCCGAGGCUCCCGAGGAUCCGAAGUCCAAGCUUGCGCAGGAGCUUGGCACGAUGGGAUUCCCGGAAGAGGGAAUCCAUGAGGCCCUGCUGCACUGCAGCACCGCGGACGAUGCCGUGGUGCGGUACCUGUCUGCCACAUUCCCAAGCCUUUUCUUCCAGGUCCCCGUGGAAGUGUGCAGAAUAAGAACAGUUGCCUCGUCAAUUUUGGGCGACGACAGCUUAGGCAACCAGUUCGUCAUGAGGCUCGUCUCGCAGGCGAAGAAGAGGCACUGGCCGUUUGCGGACCGGCUAAGUGUGCCGCAAGGCUACACGCCAAACUUCAGCAAAGGCAUCUUGCCAGAUUGGUCUGUGUCGGUACACACCAUGGCCGCGCUGAGACGUCAGACGGUGUGCGGAAGUGACCCACCGCUGGGCCUCAGUUUCAUGUCUACGGGCACACGACUGACGACGACUGAGGUCAGAUUCUUCUUUGUCUUGUCGAUGCACGUGGGUGUUGAAGCCAUUAACACUUCCCAGCCGGAUCAUUCCCAUGGCCACAUGGAAGCGACCAUCUUGGCAGAUGCCCGGCUUGAUUGGCAGUGGAGAGCAGGAUCUGAAGGUGACUCGCGGCGAACUUGGUUUGCGCGGCUGAAAGCAAUGAGCAUUGCGCAACUGCAGGAAGGGGAAGCACACGUUCGAAGCAUGGUGCGAAAGGAGAAUGUCUCCACCGAAUACGACACGCUCGAGGAUGAAGCCAAAGGUUGCACAUGCACAGAGGUCGACCUCAAGGGCAAGAAAUGGUCACCGGGGGGGCUGCAGAAGUGUGUGGGAAGCUGCGCGGAUGUGAGGAAGAGCGACUCCAAGAAUGAUUGCCCAAAAGAUUGGAAGAUCAUCUCGCCGCGAAGCAAGGAAGAUUGGCAAACACUGAUCGAUCUGAAGGUGCUGGACGAGGUCCGGGCUCCACACUUGAUUGUUGAUGUCACCCAGCCCAAGAAUGGCUGUGGCGGGUGCACCAAUCACCCGAUGAACUCCGAAUCAAAAGGUCAGUCGAUGUGGGUGACGAUCGAUGGGAGUGAGUGGUGGCUCAAAGGGGUGAAGUUCGGUGAGCCCAAUGGUGACUAUCAUGCCAACUGCUUCUUGGGUAUUGGUGCUCCAAUAACCAAUCCUGACGCCAUACAUUUCAAUGACCUGAACUGCGCAUACCACAGCAAAAAGUAUCUUUGCCAGCCUGAUAUACGGUAUACCACCACCACGACUACUACGAAGCCGGAGGAGAAGUCUUUUGCGAAAAUGCCAGUGACAAACAGCAUGGCCUGGGCACUGGGUGCCAUAUGGAUGUGUUUGCUAGCAUAG